ACAUGAGAUCAUGCGUAGCUUCAUGGUCAAGGCUCCGUCAGCAGGAAGCUGAGAUCACUUCCUGGCUCGUACUCGACCGCAGGCCGUCCCCUAGGGCGCCACGCAGGCGUUGAGAGGUGCCGCAUCACGCGAGCGUGUUUGUGAACGCUUACCUGGCAAAGAGUCGUGCCCUGGUGCUUCCUAACAGAGUGGCUCGCCGUCCCUCCACCAGCAGCAUGGAACCUUCACAAAGACCCUGGACAGACGUCACGUGAUGGCGCGCCAGUUAGAACCAAAUGCUCUACUUUACAUAAUGUCAGUGGUGCUCACCAGAACCGAUGGCGUGUCCGGCUCUUCAUGGUACUGACUGAUCCGCUGUUCUCUGGUCUCCUGCACGAGCAUGUCAUGUCAGCUGACUACUAGUUUGGACUCGCAUCAGUCAAAUUGAAGAUAGAAUUGAUACUAAAUGCAAGCAUGCCGUUUAUGAUCGUCUUUGGCCUGAUAAGAGCAAGUUGAUGAAGUUUGAUCUUAUUGACACACCUCGUUUGAGUGAUCCAAAGUCUAAUGAGCACAAAGUGUGUCAAAGUGCACAAAGAAGACAAGAUAACAAGCGCUUCACAAGACUCACCCCCAUGUGGCGACUGUUGGGGUCGGCAUCCAGGAAGUGCGGAUUGAUGUUGAAGGGGACAAGGCCGAUGGCGGUGAAAGAAGGCGGAAAGACGAUGGGCAUGUCGUUGGUGGUGCUGAUGCUGACUGUGGCCACAUUGGUGCCAGCGCUGGAGCCCAUGUACGGCACACCGUCCUACACCCAAAUGGACAAAGACGAGCGUUUAGAAUCAAAACUGACUUGACAUUUGACCUGAGGUCAAAUGCUCACCUCCAGAACCCUUCUCCGGAUCUCUGUCAGAAGAUUGUUGUCGUAGAGACAUUUCAGCAGCCGGAAAGUGUUGCCUCCUCCUGUGGGACACACUAGAUCUAAAUGGACUAACACUGGAUGGACAAUAUGUUGACACUUGACUGCAUUGUAACUGGAGACAUUGGACUGCAACAGACAUGGCAUUAGACCUAAGUAGACUGACACGGUUUUCAAACUGGACUGAAGCAGAUUGUCACUGGAGUAAGACAGUACUAAAGUGGACUGGCACCGAACCAGACCGUCAAGUCAAUUUAAAAAUGCUGACCAAUAAAAAUGGCUUCCGCCUUGUUGACGGCAGCGAUAGGGUCUGGGGCGUCGUGGAUGCUGUCGAGUUCGUAACCUGCAAGCACAUUGACCAAAUAUCACUGUGGCGUCAUUUGGUCGCCACAUAAAACGACAACACUGAACAUGCUCGCAGGGUUCUUCACCCACCCAGAGUUUUCAACUUGUUUCUGGCUGUCUCUGCGUAGGCGUCUCGGUCGUGAAGCGCAUACGGGACAAACAGGACCCUCUUCACAUCUCUACAACAGCAAAGUUUGAGGGUUAGUCAUGUGACCUAAACGAGCCCCCUGCUGGUCGUUAGUGGUAGCAUGAAAAUGCAUAGAAUAAGAAACACUAAAGUUACAAAAUUAAGGCUGCAUGACGAGUUUCCUGUGAGCCUGCUACCAGGACAUUUCUGAUGGACGUGACGUGACACGAACACACGCCUCGCAGAUGAAAAUGAGAGUGCGCGUCUCGUCAAUGCACGUUGAUGCUCGUCGUACCUGCCCAGGAAGCGCGCGAUGUGCUCUUGACAGUGGUCCAGGUAACCGCUGCCGUGCAGGGUGGAGUUGGACACCAGUAGCAGUCUCCUGUUCUUCAUCUUGUCCACUGACGGUCAAGUCCAGCUGUCUCUCACCCGAAAGUCAUGUGCGGUCAUGUGACAAGCGCAGCAAAGUCCUGGUGGGGGGGAGGAGUCAGCGAUCGACUAAUCACAAAGGAGGAGCAUAAACUUUUACAAGUCUAAGAUAACACGUCAGAUUGGAGGGUGUUCUCAAUGAAGUGACAAGGAUGUGCUGACCCAAUAGUUCUCGCUCGUGUUUUAUCGGCCGGCGAUGGCGUCACAGGCGGAGAAGCGGAAAGAGCGGUAGGCGGGGCUUAUUACCCACAUCUGGAUGAAAAACAUCUGGACUGCUCAAUUCGCGUCCAUGACGCUCUCGCAAUCCGACCAGGUACCGGACACACACCGAGCGACGGCCCAACGUUCCCGAAGACGAUGGCUUGGUUCUGGACCAUCUUGCGGAUGGCCGUGGCCCUCCUGAGCGUCGUUUUAGCAAAGAAGUUCUGGAACUAGCCUUAGGGACAAAGACAUUUUAAAGUCACCCGGCAGGAUGUUGAAAAACAUUUCAUGUAGUAAAACGACAGUGGUGUCUCUGAGCCAUCUCAACUUCAACCUGUGUAAGUGGUGCGAAACGUCCAGUCCGGCGUGCCAGGAUGGCAUCUGCCUUUCCAACUGCUCCUUGUCCUCCUACUGCGCUUCCCUGGAGGAGAUCUGUGUCUCCAUAUGGAGGAAGACCAACGACACAGCGACAGUGCACACCAUGUGUCACAACCCCGCGCUGCCGCUGGAAGGUGUGGAGGUGGGGCUUCUGGGCAAUGUCACUUCCAGGGAGUGUCACAUGGUGAAGCAGCCAGUGGAAGUUGGCGCGUCCAUGGUGUGUGCUUGCCGGGGCGAACACGAAUGCAACGACAAGCUGAUCUUUGCUGACGGCUUCUCCAGGCUAUACAGCAAAGAUGUGGCUCCUGUGGUGACCACCAGCUUGCUCCUGCCCCUACUGCUGGCUGCCGUUGCCACGGUUGCCUUCUGUUUCCACCGCACGCGCCACCAAGGCAAACACGGCUGCCCAGCCCACCUUCGGUGGCCCUCCAAAACCAACGUGGACCAUCCUGGCGGGGGCCCACUAGAGAGCAGUGUCCAAAGAGAAGAGUCGACCGCCAAGGUGGCACCGCUCCACUGUGAUGCAGGCGGGCCACUACCCAUCAAGCUGGAAGCACUGCUGGGCAAAGGCCGUUUUGCAGAGGUCUGGAGGGCGUGUUUGCUGCCGAGUGACACGGUUGCGGUCAAAGUGUUUCCCGUUGCAGAAUAUGCCUCGUGGAGAAACGAGUGUGCCAUCUUGUCCGAUCCCGAGCUGAAACACGACAACGUUGUUGGAUUCCGUGCGGCUGAGGUCCGGGGCCCGGUGGGUCACACUCUGACCACAUACUGGCUGGUCUUGACCUAUCACGACCUCGGAAACCUGCAAGACUUCCUCGUGACCAAUGUCCUCAGCUGGGAGGAACUAAUUACCAUGGCAGCCAGCAUUGCUCGUGGCUUGGCCCACCUUCACAGCGACACCACGCCCACCGGGUCACCCAAGGUACCGGUGGCUCAUCGGGAUGUGAAGAGUAGCAACAUUGUCCUGAAGAAGAAUGGGGAAUGUGUUCUGUGCGACUUCGGCCUGGCUCUCAAACUGGACCUGUCCCUCACGGUGGACGACUAUGCUAACAGUGGGCAGGUGGGCACGGCUCGCUACAUGGCUCCGGAGGUUCUGGAGUCCAGAGUGAACCUGGAUGACGUGGAGGCCUUCAAGCAGAUGGAUGUUUACUCCAUGGCUCUGGUCCUCUGGGAGAUGGCCUCUCGCUGCCGCACCAUCGGAGAGGUUAGCAGCUAUGAGCCAGCGUUUGGCUCCAAAGUGUGCGAGCAUCCGUGCGUGGACAGCAUGCGAGACCUGGUGCUGAGGGACCGACGACGACCGGACAUUCCAACCGCCUGGACGCAGCAUCAGGGGAUGAACAUUUUCUGCUCCACCAUGGUGGAGUGCUGGGAUCACGACCCUGAGGCCCGGCUGACAGCGCCCUGUGUGCUGGAGCGCUUCGCUGCCCUACAGCAGGAAGAGGCAGAGACAGCGGGCGGGUCAGAAGGUGACAAAAGUGGAGCAAAAACGUCCGAGGACGUCAGCCAUGUUGAAAGCGUUCCUCCUCUAACCUCCUCUGGGACACGUGUGAUUCCAUGAAGACAUUUUCGUGCAGGCCACUGUUCUCCGUGGUGAACAAGGUAAGCACGCCUGACGUCGUCACUGACAGCAGAAGAAGUCAUGCCACGCUGCGACUUCAACAUCAAAGAACAAUCUCGUGAUCCACUGAUGACCUAUCACAUUCUUCUACCGAAAAUGGUCACGUGGAGGUGUCCAAGUACAUCAAUGUCAUCCAUGUGACUGACAGGAAGUGGCUUUUCCAGUUUUCUGUGUUGUGCGUGAGAGGGGGCAGGGCCAACGUCAAACAGUGCUGCUCCCCCUGGUGGCCACACUUUUGUGUUUAAUUGCACUGAGAAGCCUGGACUGUUGAUCAUUGGUUCUACUUCCUGUUCUACGUCAACCAAUCAGGUGGCUUUAAUGUCACCGUGAUGGUAGUUUCGUUUUGUGUGUACACUAGCCAGAAUACUUGAAUGUCUUAUAUGCAAACACAUCCAUAUUGGGGAUUGUAACUCUAAAGGCUUCAUCAUCCUACACACUGACAUCUUGAUCCUGUUAAAGCUCUUCGGCAGGGGCUGAGUGGGUGACUUGCAAUUCUCCAAACUACUUGGGGUGGUGGUUCCCUGAGAGUGAAAAACAACAACUUUCUCAUUGGCUAGCUAUUUAGCUUCCUACACACAUACAAGUAGUGAAUAAUGACGAUUGAAGCAACAUGCAGUUUGUUGUUGGAAUUGGAACUAAUUGAUAUGGAACAUUUGUCACUUUUAUUGUACAUGUUGUCCUGAGACCGCUCAUAUUUCUAUCAUUUUCAUGGAACUGCUCAUAUUUGCGUAUUGCAUAUUUCUUUGCUGAGACUCUGCAAUUUGCGCCAUUGUUUCUUUUUGUUUUGGCAGACUUUUUGGCACUUUAGUUGGAGAGAAAAAAACACAAAUGAUGUACAAAAAAAAAAUCCAACCAGUUACAGCUUUGCGGUCUGUGUGACCGCUGAUGCGAGUUUGGGAUUUUUUUAGAGGUGCACGCCAAGCUCUGCCGGAGGGUUUGGAGGGGAAGGAGCCAGCCGACGGCUGUAGCAUCAUGAAGCCUUAACUCCUAACCCUACCCAUAACCAUUUCUACCACCACAGCCAUAUUGUGGAUUGCAACCCUAACCCCCUAAAGACUAUCCCUGCUGGCUCUCUAAUCUGACCAGCUAUCAAUCACACAGCACUGACUAUGCUGACCAGACCUUUGGCUGUCUUGUAUGGAGGUCCAGUGUGAAGUGAACAAAACCAAAGCCAGAUGCUUGAUUAUUCACAGUAUUUGGCUACAAACUCAAUGGAGACAUGUCCAUAACAUGACUCAGCUCUCAGCUUUAUUUUGUGUUUGUCAGCAGAAGUAUUUGGACAGUGACGUUGGCUAAAACAUGAUGGUUUGUACACGGACGUUUCCAUCUGUUCUGUCAAACACUCCUAUUCCGUUCCCAUGUUUGUCCUUAAAAGAAGACGCCCUCCUGUGUCAGUGGGACGUUCCCACCUCCUUGAUCCACACAAAGCCCACCUGGGUGCCGAAGUUGGGUCCGUCUCGGGCGUGUGAGAAGAAGUCACCGGGGUGGCAGCAAGUGCACGGCGUCACAUGCGACCUGUCUGUCACCGUGUCAUCAUGGAUAUGCUCCGGCAGGACCCCGCCCCUCUGUAGGAGGAGCCUGCGGCAACCAAUCACAUGUUGGAAAAAGGAUUAGUUGUAAAUUCAGAGCAGAUGUAAACGCUGGGAAUUGUGAGCAGAGCACCACCUGUUGGCCAGGCGGAUGUUGACGUGCGGCGUGGCUGACUGGGGGUCAGUAACGCAGUCCUGAUGGAAGUUUGAUGCCUGCUCUUGCUCCAGCGUGAAACAACACGCCCCCACCGAUGGUCCCAGGACCACCAGAAUGUUCUUAGCCUGGCAACCAAAGUGCGUCACCAUGGCCUCCACUGUUGCCAUGGCAACCCCCAUCUGGGUUCCUCUCCAUCCUGAGUACCACAAAGAAAGAGUUGCUUCUUGCUUGAUGGCACCUUGCAUACCUGCGUGAUGGCACCUCGCAUACCUGCGUGAGCGACGCCGACCACCUUCGACACCGGAUCAACAAAGAUGAUUGGGAUGCAGUCGGCGCCUGGAGCGGCCACUACCUGCCCCGGCCGAUCGGUCACGAUGGCGUCAUAGCUCUCUGGCUCAGCUUCGCCCAUGAUCCACACCUGGUUGGAAUGUUUGACCUGCAGCAGCGGAGCACGUAUCCUCUUAGUGGACGGAGCAGUCAAGGAGUUCUUCCGGACGCAAUGACUGACCUUGGCCAGGUGGAGGGGGCGCGGGUGGAAUCCGGCAUGGAGUGCCAGCCGCCGUCUGUUCUCCUGCACCACAGCGGGGGGAUCACGCCUCCUGCUGCUGCUGAACAAGUUCAAGGAGGACAAGGAGGGAAUGUAGGACACGCCCCCUGAACGCGUGCUGAAACCAUGGCCAAAGCAGUCUGCUGGUUAAAAAAAAGACAUAGAAGUUUGCAUAGAGAGAGAGACCAAUUAUGACCCAGGGUCUCCAAUUGGGAUAUCUUUGUAAUGCCUGAUUCUAACUUAAACCUAAAAACCUGUGUGAAAUGCUACAUGAAGCAUCAUUGUCAAAUUUGAAAUUGGAUUAGGUAAGGAUUUAAGCUAUGGACACAUCGGAUUCUCUGGUCCAUAUCACAAAAUUUGCUCUUCUGAAGGCACAUUUUUCUGAAAAAAAUAUAAGCAAACCUAAAAAAACCCCCACAGUGUAUUCAAACUCUUAUUAACGUAGCACUUCAACACACUGACUGUUGGGAUAAACAUUUGUUGGCUUUGUUAGCUUACAUACACAACAUAAAGUGGCAAGAAACACUUCAAUUCUGAAUAAAGAAAAACAUUCUGAACCAAAAAUCCCUCCAUACUCUCUAUUCUCUGGUGUUAGCAUAUCUGAAUUAUUGUGUGGCGAUAUGUGGAAGCAACUCCAACACUGCACUUCAUUCGCUAGCUCAGGAAUGUCCAAGGUGUAGCCCGGGGGCCAUUUGUGGCCCGCGGCACAUUCUAAAAACAUAAUUUAACAAGAAAACGAAAAAAAAAUCCCAGCAGAAAUGGAAAACCCUGCAAUAAUUUUACAAGAAUAAAGUCAAAAUAUUAAGAGAAAAAGGUUGUAAUGAGAAAAAACUAAUUUUACAAAGAUAAUGUAAUAUGAGGAAAAAUAGCAUCAUUUUAGUAGCAUAAAGUUGAAAACUUAAAGAAAAAAGGAUGUUACUUUUUCAUAAUAUUAUGUGAAACAAACAAAACAACAGACACAGCGGCGGUAGUCCGCCCUCUCAUGCAGCCCACCACCACUGCUUCAAAAAGUCCUCGGGGAAACCCAACUGUAAUGCUGAUUGUACCUGGUGUUGAAGUUUACUAUAAAGUUGAAGUGGACAAGUACACAGCUCUAACCAUCCACUCUUUAAGUUAAGUUUGUAACAGACUACAGUGAAACCGUCACCUCCACUCCUGCCGCCACGCAUCACCGUG